AAACAAACUUUCUUUGGACAAAAUAAUAACUCAAAGCACCGCAUAGUCAAAAGCUUAGAGUUAUCUCCUUAUAUCAAGGGAAUUGAGAUCUAUCCCACUUUUCAGCAAAGACACACACACACAAUGGUCUCUGCUUCUCCCAUUUCUCCUUCUAAGGAAACUGAUCAGAAGUCCGGCGAGAAAUGGAUGGCGGCGGAACCAUCAAGGCCAGCCAAGUGGUGGUACUCCACCUUCCACACCGUCACGGCUAUGAUCGGUGCCGGAGUUCUGAGUCUCCCUUAUGCCAUGGCUUACCUUGGCUGGGGACCAGGGACAUUAAUGUUGGUACUGACAUGGGGACUGACCCUAAACACGAUGUGGCAGAUGGUACAGCUCCACGAGUGCGUACCGGGAACCCGGUUUGACCGGUAUAUCGAUCUAGGCCGGUACGCUUUCGGCCCAAAACUCGGCCCAUGGAUCGUCCUCCCGCAACAGCUCAUCGUCCAGGUCGGGUGCUGCAUUGUUUACAUGGUGACUGGUGGCAAGUGCCUAAAGCAGUUCGUGGAUGUCACGUGCUCCACCUGCGCUCCCGUGCGAUCGACGUAUUGGAUUCUCGCCUUCGGUGGGGUCCACUUCCUCCUCUCCCAGCUCCCUAACUUUAACUCCGUCGCCGGUGUCUCCUUGGCUGCCGCCGUUAUGUCCCUCAGCUACUCGACGAUAGCGUGGGCAGGAAGUAUCGCACAUGGAAGAAUCCCUGACGUUAGCUACGGUUACAAAGCUACGAGUCCAAGUGACUCCAUGUUCCGAAUCUUCAACGCCUUAGGUCAGAUCUCAUUCGCUUUCGCGGGCCACGCCGUGGCUCUAGAGAUCCAAGCAACGAUGCCUUCAACUCCUGAGAGACCAUCAAAGGUGCCCAUGUGGCAAGGAGUGAUGGGAGCUUACUUUGUCAACGCCAUUUGCUAUUUCCCGGUGGCUCUAAUCUGCUAUUGGGCCUUUGGUCAAGACGUAGACGACAAUGUGCUGAAUAAUCUACAGAGACCAGCUUGGCUUAUUGCUUCUGCUAAUCUCAUGGUUGUUGUCCACGUCAUUGGUAGCUACCAAGUGUUUGCUAUGCCUGUCUUUGACCUUUUGGAGAGGAUGAUGGUUACUAGGUUCGGUUUUAAGCAUGGAGUUGUUCUGAGGUUUUUCACUAGAACUAUUUAUGUCGCGUUUACAUUGUUCAUUGGAGUGAGUUUCCCCUUCUUUGGAGACCUUCUAGGGUUCUUUGGAGGAUUUGGCUUUGCACCCACUUCUUUCUUUCUCCCAAGUAUAAUGUGGCUUAUCAUAAAGAAACCAAAGAGAUUCAGCAUAACGUGGUUGGUCAAUUGGAUCUCCAUCAUUGUAGGGGUGUUCAUAAUGCUGGCGUCAACAAUUGGAGGACUAAGGAACAUCAUCGCGGAUUCUUCGGCUUAUAGGUUCUAUGCUUAGUUAUGAGUAGAGAACGUGUACACUAAAAUUAUUGAUCAUUGGGUCAUCUAAUUAUUAAGUGUAGAACUCAACCAUAUAAAAUGGGCCAGGUGUAUCUCGAAUCGAGUUAGAGAAAAACUAUAUAAAUCUGCUACUUCUUCAAUAAGACGUGCUAGUUCAACAUU